UGUUAUCAGAAAGAGGUUACCUCGUUGACUGAGCUGCCUGGCCGCUCGCAGUUGCCUUGCAGUUAUCCUGGCGGCAUGAGGUCAUCGGCUUGUCUGCUGCUCCUCUUCGGAUUUCAGCUCUACAUCCUAUCAGUGCCUGUGGCGGCCAACGACUUUUCCUCAUUUCUAAGCGCCAAUGGAUCGCUGGCUGUUGUGGUGGAUCAUGAGUACAUGGCCAGGCAUGGCCAAAAUAUUAUGGCACAUUUCGAGAAGAUUCUAAGCGACAUUGUCAGAGAGAACCUGCGGAACGGCGGCCUCAAUGUGCGUUACUUUCGCUGGAGUGCAGUGCGUCUAAAAAAGGAUUUCCUCGCUGCCAUUACGGUGACGGACUGUGCAAACACCUGGAACUUCUACAGAACCACACAGGAGACUUCAGUGCUGCUGAUUGCCAUCACAGACUCCGAUUGUCCAAGGUUGCCUCUCAAUAAAGCUUUGAUGGUGCCACUGGUGGAGCAUGGCGAUGAGCUGCCACAGAUCGUACUCGAUGCCAAGGUGCAACAGAUACUCAACUGGAAGACGGCAGUGGUGCUGGUAGAUCAAACCAUAUUGGAUGACAACUCAGAGCUAAUCAAGUCCAUAGCGCACGAGAGCACCACCAAUCACAUUGCGCCCAUAUCAUUGAUUCUCUACAAGAUUGAUGACUCGCUGCGGGGACAGAAGAAACGCGCGGCACUGCGUCAUGCCUUGUCCCACUUUGCGCCCAUCAAUCACGAGCAAAAGCACCAGCAGUUCCUCGUUGUGUCCAAAAACUACGAGGACAUCAUCGAGAUUGGUGAGACAAUGAACAUGUUCCAUGUGGGCAACCAGUGGAUGUUCUUUGUGCUGGAGAAGAUGCGUCAGGGCUUUGAUGCCAGCACGGUGACCAUCAAUCUGGCGGAGGGUGCCAACAUAGCCUUUGCCCUGAAUGAAACGAAAACGGACUGCAUGGACACGCUCAACUGUACGAUCGCAGAGGUAAGUCUGGCUCUGGUGACGGCCAUUUCACAGAUGACCGUCGAGGAGCAAUCCCUAUACGGUGAGAUCUCCGAUGAGGAGUGGGAGUCCAUACGUUUCACCAAGCAGGAGCGGCAGAAUGAGAUUCUGGAAUACAUGAAGGAUUACCUCAAAAGCAACAGCAAGUGUGCCAGCUGUGCGCGCUGGAGAUUUGAGACAGCCAUCACCUGGGGCAAGAGUCAGGAGAAUCGACAAUUUCGCACGGCACCCACGAGGGAUGCCAGGAACCAGAACUUUGAGUUUGUCAAUUUUGGCUACUGGAGCCCACUGCUGGGAUUCGUUUGCCAGGAGCUAACAUUCCCACACAUCGCGCAGCACUUUCGAAACAUCACCAUGGACAUUGUGACGCUGCAUAACCCGCCCUGGCAAAUACUAACCAAGAACAGUCAGGGCGUCAUUGUCGAACACAAAGGCAUUGCCUUGGAGAUACUCAAGGAGCUGAGUCGGGCCCUGAACUUUAGCUAUUACCUGCACGAGGCGAAGUCCUAUGAGGAUGAGUAUGCCAGCAGUCAAAACACGAACGAGAGCGACGAGCUAUUGGGUUCAAUGACCUUUGGCCUACCCUAUCGCGUGGUGGAGAUGAUUCAGGGCAAUCAGUUCUUUAUGGCCGCAGUGGCCGCCACCGUUGAGGAUGCCGAUAAGAAGCCCUUCAACUACACCCAGCCAGUGAGUGUCCAGAAGUACUCCUUCAUCACUCGCCAGCCGGAUGAGGUGUCGCGCAUCUAUCUGUUUACGGCUCCAUUCACCACAGAGACGUGGGGCUGCCUGGUGGGCAUCAUCUUGGUGACGGCACCCAUGCUGUAUGUCAUCAAUCGCUUUGCGCCGCUGCAAGAGCUCCAAAUCCAUGGUCUAUCAUCGGUCAAGAGCUGCUUCUGGUACAUCUUUGGCGCGCUGCUGCAACAGGGUGGCAUGUACCUGCCAAGAGCUGACAGCGGGCGACUGGUGGUGGGCUUUUGGUGGAUCGUUGUGAUUGUGCUGGUCACCACGUACUGCGGCAACCUGGUGGCCUUCCUCACGUUUCCCAAGUUCCAGCCGGGCGUUGACUAUCUGAAUCAGGUGCAGCGCCACGAAGAAAUCUCACAGUAUGGCCUGCGAAAUGGAACCUUUUUCGAGAAGUACGUGCAAAGGACAACGCGCGAGGACUUCAAACACUAUUUGGCCCGUGCGAUUAUCUACAACAAUGGCCAGGGCGAGGACAUUGAGGCGGUGAAGCGUGGCGAGCGCAUCAACAUCGAUUGGCGCAUCAAUCUGCAGCUGGUUGUGCAGCAGCACUUUGAGCGCGACAAGGAGUGUCGCUUUGCCCUCGGCAAGGAGAGCUUUGUGGACGAGCAGAUCGCCCUGAUUAUGCCCUCGCAGAGCGCCUACUUGCACUUGAUCAAUCAGCACAUUGAUCGCAUGUUUCGCAUGGGCUUCAUCGAGCGCUGGCACAGGACCAAUCUGCCCAGCGCGGACAAGUGUAAUGGCAAGAGCAUCCUCAGGCAGAUCACAAAUCACAAAGUGAACAUGGACGACAUGCAGGGAUGCUUUCUGGUGCUGCUGCUGGGCUUCAUUGUGGCAGUGUUCGUAGGCUGCAUCGAGUUCUGGUUCUAUCGAUUGUACGUCCAAAGCGACAGCCGCAAGCCGACCGUUUUCACCAAUUGAGAAACAUUACACGGACGGGGAGUCGCGUCGGGUUUUUGGGCUUACAACUUGAAAUUUGUAAAAUAGUUUGUUUAAUUUUUGAAAAUUAC